UUUUUGUCGAACACAAAUGUCAGGCAGUAAUACGUGGGCUUUGCUGCAAGUCCUGCUCCUGACAGAUAGUUCAUUCGGUCGGUGUUAAUCGGGUCUCCGGUCCUUUUCCAGCGAACCGGACGAUCAGUCGGACGAUUUUACGGUUUGCUCUGGCUGCCCGGCUUUUGGCACCAGAACUUUUUUCCCCUUUUUAAAAUGAUUUUGAAACAGAGGGAAAAGCAUUUUCAGUCUGGCUAGGAUGCUGGAACGUCAGAGCCUGAGGAGGAUACGAAGAGGGUCUUUCCUUUAAGCGGCGGGUCUGGCUGGCUGCACUGUGGACCCCAUCCCAGCACCGAGCACACAGGCAGCGGCUCCAGAGCUCGCCGGUGGGGAGAGGAAAGAGGAACGUCACCCCCCCACCCCUGUCAUUUCUGCUCCAUCACCACGGUGGGACGCCUGGGGACGAUGUGGUGGCCCCUGCUGGUCCUGUGCGGCUGCCUGCAGCUGGCCGGGGGCUUGCAGGGCCCGCGGCGUUCGGACCUGGCCGAGGGCGUGGAGGGGAAGGUGGCCCGCCUGGGCCAGGCCUUCAAGCGGCAGGUCCGGCUGCUGCGUGAGCGCAGUGCCCUGCUGGACUUGGUCUUCCUGGUGGACGAGUCGUCCAGCGUGGGCAACGCCAACUUCCUCAGCGAGCUGCGCUUCGUCCGCAAGCUGCUCUCCGACUUCCCCGUGGCCCCGGGGGCCACCCGCGUGGCGCUGGUCACCUUCUCGUCCCGGUCCCACGUGGUGAGGCGCGUCGACCACAUCUCCACGCCGCGGGCGCGCAACCACAAGUGCUCGCUCUUCAACCAGGAGAUGCCAGCCAUCAGCUACCGUGGCGGGGGCACCUACACCAAGGGCGCCUUCCAGCAGGCAGCGCAAAUACUGCGUCAUUCACGGCAGAACGCAUCGCGGGUGAUCUUCCUCAUCACGGAUGGCUACUCCAACGGUGGUGACCCUCGGCCCGUGGCGGCCUCACUCCGCGAUCAGGGCGUGGAAAUCUUCACCUUCGGCAUCUGGCAGGGGAACAUCCGUGAGCUCAACGACAUGGCCACGCACCCCAAGGAGGAGCAUUGCUACCUGGUGCACACCUUCGCCGAGUUCGAGGCUCUUGCCCGGCACGCCCUCCAUGAAGACCUCCCCACGGGGAGCUACAUCCAGGAAGAACGCGGCCGCUGCUCUUCGUUAUGCAAGUCUGCCGGGGACUGCUGCGAUGCCAUGGCCAGCUGCCUGUGCGGCACCCACACGGGCCAGUACGACUGCGUCUGCAACAAGGGCUACUACGGCAAGGGCCUGCAGCAUGAGUGCUUUGCCUGUCCACCUGGCACGUACAAACCGGAGAGGGUCCCUGGGGGGCCCAGCACCUGCCUGUCCUGUCCGGACGAGCACCACACCUCCCAGCCCGGAAGCAGCUCCCUGUCCGACUGCGUCUGCGAGACAGGCUACAGCACGGUGAACGGCAGCUGUGAGGUGGUCCGCUGUCCGCCGCUCCUCCCCCCGGCGAAUGGCCACUUCAUCCAGAACGUCUGCAAUAACCACUUCGACGCUGCCUGCGGGGUGCGCUGUAGAGCCGGCUUCAGCCUGCUGGGCAGCGGCAUCCGCCUGUGCCAGCCCGAUGGCCAAUGGUCCGGCUCGGAGCCCAGCUGCACGGCACGCAAGUGUCCAGCCCUCCAGCCACCUCCACACGGACACCUCAACUGCUCGCAGGGCAGUGCCCCCUACAGGUCGACGUGCACAGUGCGCUGCGCCGAUGGCUACCGGCUGGAGGGCGCCGCCAGGCUGAUAUGUCAGGCCAACUCCCGGUGGAGCGGGCCCCCCCCUCGGUGUGUGGAGAUUCUCUGUCCUCCGUUGGUGAUGCCUAAAAAUGCCCUGCUGUCGCCCCCUACCUGCACGGAGAGGGAAGCAAAGCCCGGUACUGCGUGCCGGCUGGCCUGUCGUCAAGGUUACGGCAUCAGGGGCGACCCUGUGUUGACAUGCCUUCAGUCUGGUGACUGGACCUCCAGCGUCGACAAAGUGACCUGUGCAGAUCUGGAGCCUCCCCAGAUCACAUGCCCCCCGGAUGUUGUGGUGGAGACGAUAGAACGACGAGCCUUAGCCAACGUCAGCUGGGCCAGUCCAAGAGUCCAGGACAACUCCGGGGAAGAGGUCACGGUUCAGGUCAUGCCCAUCUUAACCCAGCCUCAGAUGUUCCCCAUCGGAGAGGAGCGUGUCACCUACACAGCCACGGACCAAGCUGGAAACCAGGCCAACUGCUCCUUUGGCGUCACGGUCAUGGAUACGGAACCACCAAUGAUUGACAGGUGCAGAUCCCCGCCCCCUUUCCACACCACGGAGAAGCAGCUCGUUGUCGUGUGGGAGGUGCCUCAGUUUUCCGACAACUCAGGCUCCACCCUGAGCAUCUCCAGCACACACAGCCCCGGCUCUGUCUUCCCCACGGGGGAGACGGUGGUGCACUAUACGGCCACGGACCCCUCCGGAAACAACCGCACAUGUGACCUACUCAUCAUCGUCCAGGGGUCCACGUGCGAGCAGCCAUUCCAGCCCGUCAAUGGGGAGUUCUCCUGCACGGAGGAAGACGAUGGCGUCAACUGCACGCUCCACUGCAAGGAUGGCUACAGCUUCAGCCACCAGCGAGUGAAGAGCUACUUCUGUGCCCACAACGGGCUCUGGGACCCAGCCUACACGGCCAACCAGCCCGACUGCUCAUUGAACCGGAUCGCCAACAAUGGUUUCAAACCCUUCGACAUGCUCUUCAAAGCUUCCCGUUGCGAUGACCCAAACAUGCUGAAGGCCUUUAGCAAGGAGUUCAGCGGCACACUAGGGGACAUGGUGCCUGCCUUCUGCAACUCAGAUGAUAUCUCCUGCAAGCUCGAAAUGAUGUCACAGGGCCAGUGUCUGGAAUACAACUAUGAUUAUGAGAACGGAUUUGCCAUUGGGCCAGGCGGAUGGGCUGGUAAUUGGAGGCCCCAGGAUGGGCAGGAUUAUUCGUAUCUUGACAUGGGCUUCGUCACCGAUCGCAAACCCAGCGCUUACCAGCAGGAUGACACUGCCCACUCUCAGAAGAGCACCCCCUACAGGGCUAAGCGGCACCGCAAGCUCGUUGGACCCACCAGGGACCAGAAAAUCCAGAUCUUCUUCAACAUCACAGCGACCAUCCCGCUGCCCGCCUGGAGAAACAACUCGUUGGAGGCAGCCAAUCAGAAGCGGCUUCUGCGUACCCUGGAGCAUCUGACCAAUCGGCUGAAGAGGACGCUCAGCAAACAGCCACUGUCUACCUUCCGCGUGGACUCUGAGAUGAUUGUGGCCGACCCCAAGUCCCUGGAAAGCCAGAAAGCCUCGCUGUUUUGCCGACCUGGCUCUGUGCUUAAAGACAGGAUGUGUGUCCUGUGCCCAGUUGGCACCUACUACUCCCUGGAGUUUGGUGUGUGUGAGAGCUGCUGGCGGGGCUCCUACCAGGACCUGGAGGGCCAGACGGAGUGCACGCCCUGCCCCGACGGCUCCUCCACCCCCUAUCUGCACUCCCGCAGCCUGUCCGAGUGCAAAGAGCAGUGCAAGCCAGGGAGUUCCUCUGCCAGCGGGCUGGAGACCUGUGAGUCCUGCCCGCUGGGCCAGUACCAGCCUGGGUUCGGGUCCCGGCUCUGCCUCCCCUGUCCGGAAGAGACCUCCACGGUGAACCGGGGAGCCAUACAUGUGGCUGAGUGUGGAGUGCCCUGCUCUUCCGGACACUUCUCCCGCACGGGCCUGUCGCCCUGCUACCCCUGCCCCCGGGACUACUACCAGCCAGAGGAGGGGCGUUCCUUCUGCCUGUCCUGCCCCUUCUAUGGGACCACCAGUGUGACUGGGGCGGCGUUCAUUCAUGACUGCUCCAGCUUUGGAUCCAGCUUCCUGCCCAAGGAGCUGAGCGUGACCUCUGCCCCGGAAGCAGUCCAUAAGAAUUACCAGGCCAGCAGCCAGCUAUUCCAUGAGUGCUUCCUUAAUCCCUGUCAGAACGAGGGCACGUGCGAGGAGGUGGGAAUUGGAUAUGUGUGCUCCUGCCUUCCAGGAUUCACAGGGUCCAAAUGUGAGAAGGACAUUGAUGAGUGCGACUCGGCCCCCUGCCAAAAUGGCGGGCACUGCAGAGAUGGCACAGGGGACUUUCAGUGCCAGUGCCAGACCGGCUAUGUAGGCACCCUCUGUGAAGUGGAGGUCAAUGAGUGCAGCUCCUCUCCCUGCCUGAAUGAUGGCCACUGUGUGGAUGAGAUCAACCAGUAUGUCUGCAGCUGCCCGCUUGGGUUCACAGGGACCCACUGUGAGCUGGAGAUCGACGAAUGCCUGUCGAACCCGUGCCUGAACAGGGGUGUCUGUGAGGACCUGGCAGGGGCCUACGCCUGCACCUGUGCCCAGGGAUUCGCCGGUGACAGCUGUGAGGUCAACGUGAAUGAGUGCAACAGCGCCCCCUGCCUGAAUGGAGGCUCCUGCUCAGAUGGGGUCAACAACUUCAUGUGCGAAUGCCCAGCCGGCUACACCGGCAUGCUGUGCCAGGUGGACGUGGACGAGUGUGCCCCAGGCCCCUGCCUGAACGGGGCCACCUGCCAGGACAGCCCGGGCUCCUUCCGCUGCAUCUGCCGCCCAGGGUUCAACGGAAGCAGGUGUGAGACAGAAAUGUCCUCCUCCUUUAACCUGGACUUUGAGGUGUCUGGUAUCCAUGGUUAUGUCCUGCUGGAUGGCGUCCUGCCCCCCCUGACGGCCAUUACCUGCAUCUUCUGGAUGAAGUCAUCGGACAGCACCAACUAUGGGACACCCAUCUCCUACGCUGUGGAAGACGGGAGCGACAACACCUUCCUGCUGACCGACUAUAACGGCUGGGUUCUGUACAUCAACGGCAAGGAGCGCAUCACGGACUGCCCAGCUGUCAACGACGGACACUGGCAUCACAUUGGCGUGUCCUGGCGCAGUGUGGACGGUGACUGGAAGGUCUACAUCGACGGGAACCUGUCAGACGGGGGGAAGGGCCUGUCGGUCGGUGCCACUAUCCCAGGUGGGGGGGCACUGGUGCUGGGCCAGGACCAAGACCAGAGGGGCAAGGGUUUCAACCCGGUGGAGUCAUUUGUGGGCUCCCUCAGCCAGCUCAACCUGUGGGACCAUGUCCUCACCGCCCAGCAAGUAAUUCUGACACUGCAAGGCUUGUUCUCGCCACUCAGAGGCGAUACACCCUGUCAUUACGCGGCUGAAAGACAAGCGUUCCCUUAUUUGCUGAGUAAAAUCAGAUGAUUUGACAAAACUGCAAACCCCAAAAUAUUUUUGUUCAUUUUGACAUCAGAUUGCCCCCUGCUGGAAAAUGCUAUCCCUCACCUUCGUGCCUCAAGACCAACAGCGAUCCCAGGCUCCCAGCUGCAGGUCUACUGCGAUCCCGGCUUCUACCUGGUGGGGGAGUCGGAGCUGCGGUGCCACAACAAGGGGGCGUGGAAUCACCCUCUGCCACACUGUGAAAGGGUGGACUGUGGGCCCCCACCAUACCUGGAACAUGGCCUGUACACCGGGGAUGAUUUUCAUGCCGGCAGCACCGUAACCUACCGCUGCAGUUCCGGUUUCUACCUGCUGGGGGACCCCAGAAUGCUGUGCGCUAACAAUGGGACCUGGACUGGCAACCUACCAGCAUGCCUGGAUGUAAACGAGUGUGCACUAGGAUCCGACUGUGACAAGCAUGCUAGCUGCCACAAUACGGACGGCUCAUACACCUGCACCUGCGUGCCCCCCUACAGUGGCGAUGGCAAGAACUGCACAGAGCCAGUCAAAUGUAGGAACCCCGGCUACCCAGAGUUUGGUCACCGGGAUGGGAGCAACUUCAUUGUGGGCAGCGAGGUGGUCUUUACCUGUGAGGAGGGCUACGAGCUGACUGGUUCAUCCCACAUGCAGUGCACCGAGACUGGAGAGUGGGAUGGCAUCUUUCCAUACUGCAAAGCCCUGUCCUGCAGAAAGCCCCCUGUUCCAGAUAAUUCCAUCAUCAAGGGGAACAACUUCACUUUCGGAAGCAAGGUGACUUUCAGCUGCAAGAAAGGGUUUCUCUCACGGGGCCCAGCUGAGAUUGAAUGCCUGGCCAACUUGAAAUGGAGUAGAUCGCCCCCUGCCUGUGAACCCAUGACCUGCAACGAGCCCCCACAUGUCAAACAUGGAAAUGUCACAGGCACUAAGAGAACAUAUCAGUCCACUGUCACAUACACCUGUGCGGAGGGGUACAGACUGCAGGGUCCUGCAGACGUGUCCUGUGAAGCUUCCGGAGAGUGGAGCACGCCGGUGCCGCAGUGCGCCGAGGUGGACUGUGGGGAGCCACCUACGCUGCUGGACGCCACAGCCAUGGGCGGCAAUUUCACCCUGGGGAGUCAGGUGCAUUACACCUGUAAGGAAGGAUACACACUGCUGGGACCGCAGACCCGCGAGUGCCUGCCUACCGGCCGGUGGAGCCAGGGUUCUGCCCAGUGCGUGCCCCGCUCCUGUGGGCCCCCUCCCCCAGUGGACCACGCCCUAUACCAGCAGUCCGGCCACCAGCUCUUUGGAGACACAGCUAUAUACUUCUGCAAAGAUGGCUACACCGCCGGGAACAACUCCAAGGUCCUCUGCAAUGCCCAGGGCCAGUGGGUGCCACCCGAGGGGUGCGAGAUGCCCAGCUGCAUCGCCAACUUCUGCCAGCGCCCGCCGGACCUGCCCCACGCCAUCCUGGACUCGGUCUCCACCAGCAGGCUGAACAAGUAUGUGAGCAACACAGAGGUCAGCUACAAGUGUGAGGAGGGCUUCACGCUCAACACCACAGCCACGCUGAGGUGCAUGCUGGGAGGGGAAUGGGUGCCCUCCCCCUCCGACAUCAGCUGCGUGCCCGUGCGCUGCUCGAAACCCGAGUCCAUCCCCCGAGGGUACGUAAGCGGCACCAACUACAGCUUUGGGGCCAUGGUGGCGUACAGCUGUGACAAGGGCUUCAUGAUCGAUGGAGAGAAAAGGAGAACCUGUCAAGCAAAUGGCGAGUGGGGUGGGGCUCUGCCUUCUUGUCAGCCCGUGUCCUGCAUUAACCCCCCUCAAGUGACAAACGGCUCCAUCAAGACUAAAAGCCGCUUCGUGUUCAACAGCAGAGUGACAUACACCUGUGACCCCGGGUAUGAGUUGAGGGGCAAUCCGGACAUCACGUGCCAGGCCAACAAGCAGUGGACUAAGGAGCCAUCCUGCGUCCUUCUUACCUGCAAAGACCCUCCCGAUGUCCCCCAUGGGAGGUAUGAGGCUGGGAUCUUCAAAGUGGGCAGCAAGGUGAAGUACGACUGCGACGACGGCUAUGAGCUGAUUGGUGAUGCGAUCUGGACCUGUCUGAAGGAUGGCAAGUGGGAUAAGGGCCAGACUCCCCAGUGCAAGCCGGUCCAGUGCCCAGAGCCUCCCCUGGAGGAGAACCACCUGGUCCUGAAGAGCCUCGACUCCGAUUCACGCACCAUCCAGCUCUCCUGCGAGGACGGCUACGUCCUGUAUGGCGCCCAGGUCCUUCACUGCACUCAGACACAGGAGUGGAAUGACACCUUCCCCAUUUGCACGCAGGUUUUCUGUGGGCCGCCCCCAAAGGUGUCUUAUGGGGACCCCUUAUCCACAGCCACAAGCUACGGGAGUGUGGUGACUUACUCCUGCGUGGAUGGCUUCAGUCUGAGGAAGGAGAGCUCAGUGCAGUGCCUGGCGGAUGGUCAGUGGAGUGAGCCGCUGCCAGAAUGCAGCCCAGUGGAGUGCCCGCAGCCACCAGAAAUCCUCAACGGUAUCGUGGACGUUCAGGGCCUCAUGUACCUGAGCCCAGCUAUCUACAGCUGUAAACCUGGGUACAACCUUGAGGGGAAUUCCACAGUGCUGUGCGGCCCGGAUGGCCACUGGAUGGGGGCCACACCUCUCUGCAGGCCCGUGGAGUGCGGCCCCCCCAAGGAAAUUGCCAAUGGCAUGGUCUCGUACUCCCAGCUCCAAUUCGGCCACGCCAUCACCUACACAUGCAACAGGGGCUUCCAGCUGGAGGGGCCCGAGACAUUGAACUGCCUAGAGACGGGUGAGUGGGACAAGGAGAUCCCUGUGUGCAUGCAGGUCUACUGUACACCACCUGAGCCCAUCCCCAACGGUUUCCUGGAAGGUCGCGAGCACAAGUUCGGCGUCACCAUCUUCUACAGCUGCUUCCCUGGAUUCCAGCUCGAGGGCCAGAACUACCUGACCUGUGAGGAGUCUGGCUGGACCAGCCCGACCCCCUCGUGUGUGCUGAUGGACUGUGGCCUGCCCCCGCAUAUCGACUUCGGGGAGUAUGUCAAAGUUGCGGAUUCCGCCGCCAACCACGGGGGAGCCGAUUACGGCUUAGCUGGGUCCAUACCCCAGACCGACACCAGCUUUCUGCAUGGCGCAAUGGUGGAGUACCGCUGCCAGCCAGGGUACGAGCUGGUCGGGGUGUCCGAGCUCAUGUGCAAGGAGGACGGGGCGUGGAAUGGAACAGCCCCCGUCUGCCUCCCAGCUGAGUGUGAGCCCCCGGAGAACCCCAAACAUGGUUCUAUCACCAUCACAGACGUGGCUUUGGGUGGUUUGGUCCAGUAUACCUGCGACAAGGGCUACGAGCUGGUGGGUCAGACCAUCCGCCAGUGUGUCUCGGGGCGGCGUUGGAGUGACAGCGCCCCAAGCUGUAGUCCAGUCUCAUGUGGACACCCAGGAGAAGUUGCUGAUGGUUCUGUCCAAGGAGACUCUUUCUUGUAUCCCAGUGUUGUCCACUAUAGUUGCCUGCCGGGAUUUGUCCUGCUGGGUAGCAAAAGCAGCACUUGCCAGGCUGACGGACGCUGGAGCAGUGAGACCCCCCAGUGUGUCCCCGUGUCAUGUGGCCCCCUGUUGGUAUCGGAUAACAUCACGGUGGAAGGGACUGAAUACACUUUUAAUAAACAGCUGGUGUUCAGCUGCAAACCCGGGUUUGUCCUGCAGGGGGCAUCUAACAGUGUUUGUUUAGCUGAUGGUAGCUGGAGCCAUGCAAGUCCCCAAUGUCUUCCAGCGUUUUGUGGGAGACCUCCGGUUGGCCCAAACAGCCUUUUGAUUGGCUCUGACUUUGGGUUCAACGGCAAAGUGAAUUACACUUGCGAUGAGGGAUAUACCCUAAUAGGGAAACCUGUGCUUUUGUGUCAGGGAAAUGGAAUAUGGGAUGCCCCGCCUCCCCAGUGCACUAUUGUGUCAUGUGACCCUCCGGAGGACAUCAGCCAUGGAUUCUUUAAUGGGUCCAGCUUUAAUUUCGGAGAUGUGGUGGAAAUCGUGUGCUUUCCGGGGUACGAGGCCGUGGGCAACCCCUUCCUGCAGUGCUCAGCUAGGGGGACCUGGGUAGGCGCCAUGCCCCGGUGCCAGGCCUGCAUGUGCGACCCUCCUGUCCUUAAGUUUGGGGCAGUGCUGGGCCAGGAGCACAACUGCGGGGACCAGGUCAGGUUCAUCUGUGAUGCCGGCUACAGGCUGCUGGGCCCUGCCAAUGCCACCUGCGAGACGGGUAGGGUUUGGAGCCCCGGGGUACCAGUCUGCACAAGAGGGAGAUGUUCUGCCCCACCGCCCACAGUGCUCAACGCUGUUCUCCAAGGGAGCAGCGCCACCUACCCUGACAUGGUAACCUACAGGUGCAUGCCUGGGUACCAGAUGGCCAACUAUGCCCCCGUCACCUGCACUGGGACUGGAGGGUGGAGCAAGCCUACCUUCUCUUGUUUGCCUGUGUCGUGUGGGCCACCACCUACCAUCCCAAAUGCGGAGGUCGUCGGAGACAAGUUCACCUUUGGGAGCCAAGUACAGUACAGGUGCCAGGAAGGCUACCACCUCAGCAGCCUGGGGGACACCCUGAGCUGCCUGGGUGACGGCUCCUGGUCCCCGAGCAGCGUGCGCUGCACGCCGGCGCCCUGCGUCCUGCCCCAUGACCUGACGCACGUUCUCGUCUUGGGCGAGGACCUCACUCCAGUCGGGAGCACGGUCACCCUGUCCUGUGAGGAAGGCUUUCAGCUCCAGGGCCCCGGGACGUCUGAAUGUCAGCAUGGUGGCUGGUGGUCUCCUGAAUUCUCCGCGAAGUCGUGUGAGCCGAUCAGCUGCAGAGGACCUCCCCACCCUCAAAACGGCCACGUUAACGGUGACAGCUUCAGCUACGGCGACACUGUCAACUACAAGUGUCUGCCUGGCUUCAGAAUACAGGGGGAGACCUUUCAGACGUGCCAGAGCGACGGCUCGUGGAGCGGCGUGCGUCCCGUGUGUGAGGCCGUUUCCUGUGGAACCCCUCCAGUGGUGGAAGGCGCAGUUGCCGUGGCUUCUGGUGAAACAUACCAGAGCAAUGUCAGUUAUGUGUGCAACUCCGGGCUGCGUCUGGUUGGCCCACAGAACCUCACCUGCCUGUCCAACAGAACAUGGAGCCUACCAACACCAAAGUGUGAAGCCGCUGUGGGCUGUGAGGACCCCACAGAACUGCUUCAUGGGAGGCUGCUGGUGCACAACUUCACCACUGGGCGCAGCGUUGAGUUCCAGUGUGGCAAGGGCUACACCCUCCAGGGGGAGCCCCUGCUCCUCUGCCUGGCCAAUGGCUCGUGGGAUUCCCCGUUCCCCACGUGCACACCAAAGCCCUGCCCCUCCCCCCCCGGGCUGCUCGACCCGAGCGCUAAUGCCUCCGGAAGGGUCUUCUUCGUGGGGGAGACGGUGCCGGUCAGCUGUCCGAAGGGCCACCAGAGCCAGGGUGCUGUAACCAUCACCUGUAGGAGUGACCAGAUGUGGGCCCCCACUGGGGCUCUGUGUGAGAGGGUCUCCUGCGGCCCCCCCCGCCACGUGAGCAAUGGCAUGGUGCGGGGGGCUGUCUUCCAGUAUGGGGACAUGGCCCUGUACUCCUGCUUCAGGGGGUACGCCAUGGAGGGCACCAGCAGGAGCAGGUGCCUGGAGAACGGGACCUGGACCCCCGCUCCCACGUGCAGAGCCAUCUGCUGGCUCCAAUGCCAGAACGGAGGCCUGUGCCAGAGGCCCAAUGUUUGCUCCUGCCCCGAGGGCUGGAUGGGCCGGCUGUGUGAGGAGCCCAUCUGCAUCCUGCCGUGCCUCAAUGGGGGGCGUUGCGUGGCCCCUUACCAGUGCGAGUGCCCCGCAGGGUGGAGUGGCACACGCUGCCACAGCGCCGUGUGUUCAUCGCCAUGUUUGAAUGGCGGGAGAUGCAUCAGGCCUAAUCGGUGUCACUGCACUUCGGGGUGGAGCGGGCACGACUGCUCCAGGAAAAGAAAAUCAGGAUUUAAUUUUUAAGAUGGAGUCACUACUCAACAUAACAUUGUAUUCCUGCCGAGGUACAUGUGGAUCAUAAUUUCAUAAUGUAAACCAUCAGUUUCCUUUUUUAAAAUACUUUUUUUGUAAAAUAAAAGCUGUAUUUUUUCAUAUAGAAACCAACAGUAUUAAUUGUAUGCUGCUAUAUGCUUUUACUAUGUGUAAAAACAGACGUGAUUGUGCAAUGUAUAUGUGUAAACAAUUCUCAUGUUUUUAUUAAACCAUGAAAAAUUAAUCUGGCA